AUGACUCCCGUGUCGCUAUCCCUGUCUGUGCCGUUCCCGGUGACAGUCACCUCGAUAAACUUCAAAGAAGGCGACAAUGUAGAAAGACAUGCGCUUCUCCUCAAAUUCAAGUACUGGGACUACCAAGAUGAUCCCAACAGCAAGGACGAAAACCCCCAGAAAAUCCGAGUCGAACGCAUCGGCACUCUUGAAUCUCCUGUAGAAGGCCGCGUGGCCAGCGUAGAUAUUCACGUCAACGAAGAAGUGGCCCACAGUGGCAUGGAACUCUUCCAAAUCGAUGAGCCUUGUGCUCACACGGUCCAAUACGGCGGAUUGUGUGCUCUCUGCGGCAAAUCAGUCGAGGACGAGAAGGAUUACACUGGCUUUAGCUACGAGGACAGAGCCACAAUUGCCAUGUCUCAUGAUAACACAGGACUUCGAAUUUCCCUUGAGGAGGCUACGAAAAUCGAGCAAACUGCCACUAGCCGCCUCGCCGAGGCCCGCAAACUCAUCUUGGUCGUGGACCUCGACCAAACUGUCAUUCAUGCCACCGUAGACCCUACUGUAGGAGAAUGGCAGCAGGACCGAUCCAAUCCAAAUUACCCCUUCGUGGCAGAUGUGCGCUCUUUCUUUCUCGAAGAAGAAGAGCCUCAGGCACCUCCCGGAUGGACUGGUCCCAGGCCUGGCCCUACCAAAUGCUGGUACUACGUCAAACUCCGGCCGGGCCUUGAAACAUUCCUCAAAAAUAUUUCCAAGCUUUACGAACUUCAUAUCUACACCAUGGCCACCAGAAAUUAUGCCUUGGCUAUCUCGAACAUCAUCGAUCCUACUGGUGAGUACUUUGGUGACCGUAUCUUGAGUAGAGAUGAGAGCGGGCUGUUAACCCACAAGAACUUGAAACGUCUAUUUCCUGUUGAUCAGUCCAUGGUUGCAAUCAUUGACGACCGUGGUGAUGUCUGGCAGUGGGAAGCAAACCUCGUGAAGGUUGUGCCUUACGAUUUCUUUGUGGGUAUUGGUGAUAUCAAUCUGAGCUUCUUGCCAAAGAAAAACGGCCAACUACUAGGCCCCUCAAAGAAAAGAAAGGCUAUUGCCCGUUUAGAGGCUGUUGCAGAAGCUGAGGCAGAAGCUGGACAAGACAAUGAGACUGAUUUGGAACCCACAGAAAAGACUAUAAAACCUGAUGGCACAACUGGUAGUGACACUUAUGAGACGGCAGAGACACAAGAUGGGAAUAGCCCGUCAGAUUCUGAAUCCAGAUCCCCAUCGCCUUCCUCUGGUGUUGAAUCUGUACCGUCAUCACCUGUGGACCGUAUUCUUCUGCUAGGAGGUGGCGAAAAUAAUCAAGAUCUAUUGGUAGAACAGCUGAAAAUCCGCAGCAAAAUGGUGGAGCAGCAGCAACAUGACAGGCCGUUGGCUAAGUUGCAACAUGACUUGGACAAAGUCACACACAGUGAUCACGAGGGUGCUCUCUCCGAUAGCGAUGGCAAGGAAGAUGAAGAGAACGAUCAUCUAUUAUACGAUGAUGACAAAGAACUUGUCUAUCUUGAGACUGCUCUUGAAAAGUUCCACACAGAAUAUUACCGUCUACUCGGUCUAUUUAACAAGAACCAAACCCUGGAAAGACCUGACUUGACUCACAUCAUCCCGCGUCUUAAGAAGCAAUGUUUGCAAGGCUUGGUUGUGCUCUUCUCUGGAAUAUUGCCGUUGGGAAUGAAUGUUGACGAUGCAGACAUCGUCAUUUGGUGUCGUCAAUUUGGUAUCAAAGUAGUCACCGAAGUGUACCCAGAGGUAACCCAUGUUGUUUGUCGAGACCCUAAUGCGUUACUAAUGAAGACCGGUCUUACAUUAAAAGUCAGAGUUGCGAAAAGAACUCUUCCAGAAGUGAAGGUUGUCAGUCCCGAUUGGCUUUUCGCGUGUUUGAGCCAAUGGAAGAUUGUCUCCUCUGAUGAAUACGAGAUAUCGCUACCUGAUUCUGACUGGUACGUCUCUGAGACGGACGUAAAGAAGUAUCAAAACGCUUUUGAUGCACAGCUAAAACGGCUCAAUGGACCUCCUAAAACAGCUUCAAUGAGUGGUCGUUCAAACUCACUAGGCUCAAUUGAAGAAUAUGACUUGAACGAGGCUAGUGACGAGGUUGACGAUUUUUUGGCGGGAAUUAGUGAUGACGAUGAUAGCAAUGACGAUGAAGACGAUGACGACGAUGAAGAUAUGGAUGGAAAUUCCGCAACAAAUUCAAACGGAAUGCUGUUUGUGAAAACUCUCUAUGGUGCAAAGAAACGAAAAGCGGAUGAUGACAGCCUGUCUGAAGAAGCUGAUGAUGAAGACACGUCUCGAAUUGCUUCUAGUCAUACUAAGAAGGCUAAAAUUGACGAUGGUGAUGGCAAAGAUCUCGAUGAUUUGGAGCAAGAACUUCUUGAUGAACUCGACCAUCUCAGUGAUUAA